CACCUGCUGGGAACACAUCUGUUAAGGAGUAUCCGUCAGGAGCCCAACCAGAAACAUGGCCUUCGCGUUGUCCGAGGAUCAGUUUCGGUGCAGCAUCUGUCUGGACAUCUUCAACAACCCUGUCUCUAUCCCAUGUGGGCACAACUUCUGCCGGGGAUGCAUCAAACGCUUCUGGGAUACCAGACAUAAGUGUGCGUGUCCACUGUGCAAAGAGAACUUUGAAACCCGUCCAGAACUCAGGAUUAACAUAGACCUAAAAGACAUCACUGAGAAAUUUAAAGGGUCUUUGGAGGGCAAGCCACCUUACAAGCCGGCUCCACCAAAGAGGAUUUUCCCGAAACAAAUUUCUUUUGAAGUUUUCUGUGAUGUCUGCCAUGAGACCGUUAUGGCGGCCAAGUCGUGCCUCGUCUGCCAGGUGUCUUACUGUGAAGUUCACCUGACGCCUCAUCUAAGGGAUCCAAUUUUGACGAAGCACAGACUGACAGAUCCGGCCACCUUUGCCACUAGUCACCUCUGCAGAAGUCACAACCAGCUCCUGGAUAUGUUUUGCAAAAGGGAACAGAUACCUGUCUGUAUGCAAUGCAGAAGGAGCAACCACAGACACCAUCAGAUCGUCCCGCUUGAGAAGGAGAGCAGGAGAAUCAAGACUCAGUUGAUGAUGGUUGAAGCUGAGUAUCAGCAGAUGGUCAAAGACAGACUCAAAAAGCUUGCAGAGAUCAAGACCUCGGGGGAGCUGAGCAAAGCAAAUAAUGAACAAGAGAUACAAACAAGCAUUGAAGUCGCCACCACGGUGAUAAGCAUCAUUGAGAAAAACCAGGCUUCGCUCAUUGAGGAGAUCGAGCAGAAGCGGUCGGCAGCUGAGAGGGAGGAGGAAGAGCUUGUCAAUGAGCUUGGGCGGGAAAUCAAUGAAUUGCAGGGGAGACAAAGUGAGCUGCAACACCUGGAGCAAACCGAUGACCCUCUUCAUCUCCUGCAGAGUUUCCCCUCUCUGAUUACUCCACUGUUCACCAAGGACUGGUCCCAGGUCAGUGUCCAGUCGGACAGCUGCAUAGGGACAGUGAGGAGAGCAUUCUCCAAGCUGGUGGACGUGUGCCAGCAACUUGAAAAGAAACUGUCUGCAGACGAAAUUAGGAAGGCAACUCGGUAUGCAGUGGAUGUGUCUCUGGAUCCAGUGACUGCCUCGGGUUGGCUGUGUCUGUCCCCAGAUGGGAAACAGGUGAGCCUCAGCCUCCAGCAGAAGAAAUCCUCCCCCCCUGAUGACCCCCGCAGGUUCGACUCCUGCGUCUCCGUCUUGGGGAAACAAAGCUUCACGUCUGGGAAAAGUUACUGGGUAGUUCAGGUUGGAGAUAAAACAGACUGGGAUCUCGGUGUGGCCAAGGAGUCCAUCAACAGGAAGGGGUCCAUCACAGUGUGUCCUGACAACGGUUACUGGGCAAUCUGCCGACGAAAAGGCGGCAGCCUCAGUGCCUGUGCCGGCCCCUCCGUCACAAUCCACCUCCAGGAACCCCCCCAGAAAGUCAGCGUCUUCCUGGACUACAAUGAAGGAAUGGUGUCCUUCUACGACGCAGAAGCAAAGACUCACAUUUACACUUACAGCAGGUGCAACUUCACUGAGCCCCUAUACCCGUAUUUGAACCCCUGUCUCCAUGACAACGGGAAGAACACCGCCCCGCUGAUUAUCUGUCCUGUUGAGGUUGGGCUCGCUGAGGAGAUUGACAGAUUUUGAAAGGGAAACUCAGGGCUUGUUUGAACGGCAAAGUCAACGCACAUUUCCUUAUCUGUCAUGCAUGUACAGGUUAUUACAUCACCGCUGUCCAAAGGUCAGAUAGGUAUCCUUCUACAACAGGAUUGUCCUACAACAAUCCUGUUUUAACAUGUUAUGUUUCUGUAUAUACGUGUGGUUGUCAUUUUCCUUAAAAAGACAAAUAUACAGCUUUAAUUUGAAAGAGUACAUUGAUCAGUCAAAUGUAGUCAUAUAUAUAUAUAUCAGAGAACAAACAAACGUGGUGUAUCAUACCUAACUUUGGAGCAUUAUCUAGCCUCCUUUACGUUUCUAUGCCAACAUGAUCAAUUCUGCUGUGCUUGACAAAUUUGACUGUGCAGUGUGGGAGCAGAUCAUUUUGACGAUGUCACUAUAACUUGUUGAUUGCCAGACAUUAUUGACACAUGCUGCUAAUUAUCAAACGUCUUGAUGCAAAACAGCUGUGAAGGAUUGUUAGUCAGUGUGAUCGAAUUACUUCAGACCCUGUAUCUGUGAGGUGUUUACUGUACAUUUUGUCAGCCCCUACAUAUGAACAUGAGAUUAUAAGGGUUCUGCAAGCAGCUAAGAAAGGUAAAGCUUAUGGAUAUGAUGGGGUGCCAGUUGAUGUACUGAAAAAUGGUAACACACUGAAUAUUCUAUAUAGGCUUUUUAAUUAUUGAUUUUCAAAUGGUGUGGUGCCAGAGUUCUGGAAGUAUGGUAUUAUUAACCCCAUCCCCAAAGCUGGGGGAACAGAUAACAGAAUACCUCUUAAGUACCGGGGAGUCACUUUGACAUCUUCUGUAUAUAAACUGUUUUGUUCUGUGCUGUAUAAUCGUAUUGCGGAGUGGGCAGAGGCUAAUGAUAUUAUAGCAGAUGAGCAAAACGGGUUUAGAAAGAAACGGAGCUGCCUCGAUCAUAUUGCUACCUUAACUACAAUCAUAGAUGCAAGGAAAAAGUUGAAGAAAGCUACUUUUUGUUCCAUCAAUCCAUCAAUGCCCCUGUCUGAGUUUAGUUUCUCCUGUGGCUCGUUUUCUUUGGAAACAGCUAAAGAGUAUAAAUACCUGGGUUUGAUGUUAAAACAGAAUUUCUAGAUUAUAAUGAAACUGUCAAGCAUUUAGUAAUGCAUGCAAAUAGAGCUCUAGGUGCAAUCAUAGCCAAAUGUAGAUGUAUGGGUGGUUUUCCUUUUAAAUGUUACACUAAAUUGUUUGAAUCCCUGGUUCUGCCUAUUUUGACCUAUGCUGCUGCUGUCUGGGGUUACAGAAGUUAUUCUUGUGUUAAUGCUGUGUUUAACUGGGCAUGUAGAUUUUAUUUAGGUGUGGGUAAAUACACCCCAAAUGCUGCUAUACAGGGUGAUAUGGGUUGGAAAACUCCAUGGCAACAGCAGUGGUCCUGUAUCUUUAAAAACUGGCAGAGACUCUGUGGUAUGCCUGACAGCCGAUUAUGUAAGCGUGUUUUUCAGUGGGCGGCUCAUUUGUCAAAUGUAAAAAACUAUGCGCAUACGAUAACAACAUUUCUUAGUUCUAUGAACUUAUCUCACCUUGCUCGUACAGAUAUGGUUUACUCAAGUAACGACCUUAAAUGUUUUGAUACGGCAGUGUCAAAGGCAGACGAGGAAUCAUGGCUACAGUUAAUAAAUACACCAGAAGGGAACAAACUACGCCCUUACUGCCUAUUUAAGGACACAUUUCAGACAGAGUCCUAUGUACAAAAUAUAUUAUCAAGACAGCUUAGAAGUGCUUUCGCUAAAUUCAGAUGUGAAGUUGCUGCUUUAGCAAUAGAAACUGGUAGAUAUACGAACACCCCAGUGGAUAGACGCUACUGUACUUUAUGUAUUAAUGGUUCCAUUGAAUCAGAGGCCCAUGUUCUUUUACACUGUGACAUUUAUGUGGACAUUGGCGCUGAACUAUUUAGUACACUUUCUAAGUAUAUUGUUAAUUUCAAUGAUCUUGAUGAUACAAAUAAAUUGUGUGUAAUUUUAGCUGGUAAACAUUGCAUCAAUGAAUGUGCCAAAGCCUGCCACCUCAUCCUUAACAGAAGAUUGUCUUUCAUGAGUUCCAAUUUAGAAAACUGUUCUGUGUUUUGUUUUUCAUGGUACCAUAGUGUACGUUUUUAUAAUCUUUUUUAUGAUGUUUUAGUUGGUGUCUCACAACUCUUUUUUGAGUGGUCCCCAACACUUUUUAUUUUGUCAAGGGGGAGGGGGGUAAAUUGUAUUGAAUAUUGUAUUUUUAUUAACAUAUUCCCUCUGUACCCUCAAGUACUUUUAAUGUGUGUUGUGGAGUGACACCAAAAUAAAGUUUAUCUAUCUAUCUAUCUAUCUAUGAAAAAAUGUACUAAAAAUGAAAUGUUUUCUUGUAUAUUUGCACGAAAUGUGGCUCUGUUUUUGGGAUUUAAGGGCUCUGCUUUUUUUAAAACCAAAAUAUAACAAUUUUUUUUCUUCUUUUUAUAUUGAUACAUGUGUUUAAUUGAUUUAUUUUUGCUUACAUUAAUGAAGACAAAUUACAACGAGAUCAUGUUUUUCUCUGAGGGUGUAAGCUUUACUGUACAUAAGACCAAAUAUUUACACUUAAUAAAUAAACUUCAUAAAACAAAA